CCUGAUCCCAAUCCUGAUCCCGACCCCGACCCCGAUCCCGGCGGGUUAUCCCAGGUUUUCCCGGACAUUUGGUUUCUCCCCCAGGGCCAGCAGAGCCAGGAGCCGCUGUCGGAGCUGGAGAAGGCCAUGGACGUCAUCAUCGACGUCUUCCACCAGUACUCCCGGCGGGAGGGGGACAGGGACACCCUGAGCAAGAAGGAGCUCAAGCUGCUGAUUGAGAAGCAGCUGGCCAAUUACCUCAAGCACGUGAAGAACAAAGCCACCAUCGACCAGAUCAUGAAGGACCUGGAUGUCAACAAGGACGCCCAGAUCAGCUUUGGCGAGAUGAUGCUGCUGGUCACCCGCGUCACCUGCGCCACCCACGAGCACCUGCACGAGGUGGAGGACCAGCAGCACCAGCACCACCACCAGCACCACCACUGAGGCUGCUUCCCUCCCUCCGAGGGAUCUCCCCGCUUGGAAAAGGCUCCCAA